AUGGUUGGUGAAACCUCCAAUCCCAAAAAUCAGAAACCCUAUGGUGCUCUCAAUAUCAAGACUUAUGUUCCUAUAAUUCUUGAUCUCAAUGAACUCAAUUAUGAUGCAUGGCGGGAAUUAUUUGAAACCCAUUGUCGUGGCUUUGGUGUUCGUGAUUUUCUCACCGGUGAUUCCAAACCCACUUCUAACAAAGAUGAAGAAUGGUUCACUCUUGAUUUUGUGGUUAAAACGUGGCUCUAUGGCACCCUCACACAAUCCCUUCUCAACAUGAUUCUCACAAAGAACUCCACAUCCCAUACGGUUUGGCUAAGUCUUGAAAAUCUCUUCCGGGAUAACAAGGACGCCAGAGCAAUUGAACUUGACAGUGAACUAAGAAGCAUGACACUAGGCGAUCUUUCCAUUGCUCAAUAUUGCCAACGAAUGAAGUCCAUAUCAGAUCUCUUGGCGAAUAUUGACAACCCUAUACCCGAGAAAACACUUGUUGCUCAUCUUCUCAAUGGUCUCUCUCCUCAAUAUGAACACAUUGCCACCCUCCUACGCCACCGAGAUCCUCUACCCACUUUUCUUCAAGCUCGCUCAAAACUUUUGGUUGAAGAACAAAGGUUCAAGAAUUCUCGCCCUCCUCAAGCAUCCCACUCGGACCACCCAUCAUCCCCAUCUAUUCUUCUUGCUGGUAACAACAACCGCAACAGCUCCACCUCAUCUCGUGGAAAUCGCCGCCCCAACCAGCAGCGACGCCAUGGCACCCACAACACCGAGCAGCAGCAACGCCGCCAGCCUCCUGCUGCGUCUUCUGCAAGUCAUCAGUCACAGUAG